CCUAUAACUCACAAUCAGAAGGCUACAAUGGCAGCCUCUCCAGUGGUUGGAUCCUUUGUGGCUGGGGACUAUGCUGUCUUUGCUCUGAUGCUGCUGGUGUCUGCAGCCAUCGGGGUGUACUAUGCCAUCGUCGGAAGGGGCCAGAGCAGCUCCAGAGAGUUUCUGAUGGGGGGCCAGAGUAUGACAGCCGUACCUGUGGCUUUGUCCCUGACUGCCAGCUUCAUGUCGGCUAUCACAGUGCUGGCCACCCCAGCCGAAGUGUACCGAUACGGGGCAAGCUAUGGCCUCUUCAGCCUCUCCUAUGUGCUGGUGGUGGUGGUCAGCUCAGAGGUCUUCCUCCCUGUCUUCUACAGGCUGGGCAUCACAAGUACAUAUGAGGUGAGAAUCAAUCCACUCUGUUGAGUUGAGUUAUGUUCUAUUCAACAGAAAUAGUAUAACAUGUUUGGUAGAGAUUAGCCAGAGUAAUUGCAAUGCAAAUUCUAAGCAAUUCUAAAUCCCUGAAAUAAAUAUCUUGGGGGUCAUAAAGUUUUGUUCAAAGUGACCAAUUGACCAACGCAAUCUAUUCAGGAAAUAAAAUACUGACCAAAUUUUGUAAUCUUUCUAUAAAACAAACAGAUUGCUGUUUCAGGUAAAAGUCAUAGUAGUCACGGUUCCAUUACUUAAUAUCUCUGCACAUGUCCAUUCCUUAGUCUUGUUGAGAUGCUGAUGAUUAGAUUAUGAUUAUGAUUCAAAGAGCUCAAAUAUGAGUCAGUAUUUUAUCUUCAUCAGCUGACUGAAACAAUCCUGGCACAGUCGUGUCAUCUUAUCCUCUGGCUGAAUAUACUCUUGCUUUGUCUUUUGGGCUUCACACAUGAACUAAUGUAAUUGUCCUUUCCAUGUGAAAUGUAACAGAAAAGUGUCAUAUUUCAUUAUUUCUAAAUGUUUUCUCUUCAUUGUCAUCAUUCUGCAGUAUCUGGAGAUACGGUUCAACAGAGCCACCCGUCUGUUAGGGACAGUGAUGUUCAUUGUUCAGACUGUGAGUACCUUAUCACAACACUCUCCCCCCUCCAUACUAUGAAUUACAUGAACAUGAGAACAACCCUUGUACUACAGGUGAUUAUAAGAGCCACAUCUUAUGUCUCUCUGUCUCACAGAUACUCUACACGGGUAUAGUCAUUUAUGCUCCAGCUCUGGCAUUAAACCAAGGUGCAGUAGUCUCUAAAAGUAAUAAAAUAAUUUAAUUUCAAGCCCCAUCGGCAUUGAGUGCACUUGAAACCACUCCUCUGCUAAAUGAUGUCAAUCUCUCUAGCUUUUCCUUUCUGCAUCUCUCUUUUUCCGUCUCUCUCCAGUGACUGGGAUGGAUCUCUGGGGUGCUGUCAUUUCAACAGGAGUGGUCUGCACCUUUUACUGCACUAUGGUACUGGACAGACAGUGAUGUCAAUAAAUAAUGCUAUAAACAUUUAUUUUAUUAACAUUUAUCCCCUGAUGUAAGGGAAAUACAGAUGGAGGUUAGAUUGAGACAUGAUUUGUGUAGCACUGUGUGGUGACCUUUGACCCAUAUAUUUAACAUGGCUGGGUGUGUAUUCUGACAGGGCGGUCUGAAGGCGGUGGUGUGGACGGACGUGUUCCAGGUGGGCAUCAUGGUGGCAGGCUUCCUAUCUGUCAUCAUCAGAGCCGUGGUCCUGCAGGGAGGAGUCUCCAACAUCCUCAACCACGCAGAGUUCGGAGGACGACUCAACUUCUGGGAGUGAAUAGAUUGUCAUGUAGAUUAUAGAUGUAAAAGAGCAGGAGAAGAGUCUGCACCUGGACUUUGUGGAGUAUUUUGGUGCAAAAUACAGUAUAAGACAUUGCAAAAGGGUGUACUGAAUGUCUCUCUCUCUCUUUCUCUUUCUCUUUCUCUCUCUGUUUCUGUCUCUGUCUCUGUCUCUGUCUCUGUCUCUGUCUCUGUCUCUGUCUCUGUCUCUGUCUCUGUCUCUGUCUCUGUCUCUAUCUCUCCUUUGUAGCUUUGAUGCUAGUCCACUGAGGAGGCACACCUUCUGGACAAUCACGUUUGGAGGCACGUUUGUCUGGACCAGUAUCUACGGGAUCAACCAAGCCCAGGUGCAGAGAUACAUCUCCUGCAAAUCCAUGAUUCACGCCAAAAUGUGAGUCAUGAUCUUCCUGGAAGGAUAGAGUAGAGCAUGAAGAUCUAUUUCUUGUUCAGCCCCAGUGUUUAAAGUGGAACUGACAGCAUUUUAGUAACAUGAAAUCUUAUUAAAAUCUGUUUAAAUACACCCCCAGGAAGAACAUGACACUUUCGGGAAAAUAAUCUGACAAGCGAGCAAUUUUAACGUUUUCAUAAAUUCUUAGAAUGUUUGAGAAUUACGUAUACUAAGGCAUUUGUGAAAAUUCUAUAGAAAUAUAGAGUGGGAAAGCGGCAGAGCGUUUGGACAAUUAAUAGACACUGCAGUAAAUAAAAUCUAAUAACAACAUCUGUCUCGUCCAAGACCGGAGUCUACACAGACCAGUGCGCAAUAUCCAAUCAGAGCUACAGUAGGCCUUUAUACAAACAAGCCAUUUGCCACAAGGGCCCGCCAUCAUUCACUUUGAACUAGACUGUGUGUGUACCAGUGGUGGAAAAAGUACCCAAUUGUCAUACUUGAGUAAAAGUAAAAAUACCUUAAUAGAAAAUGACUCAAGUAAAAGUGAAAGUAACCAAGUAAAAACCUACUUGAGUAAAAGUCUAAAAGUAUUUGGUUUUAAAUAUACUUAAGUAUCAAAAGUAAACCAGACGGUACGAUUUUCUUGAUUUUAAAAUUUAGGGAUAGCCAGGGGCACACUCCAACACACAUAAUUUACAAACAAAUACUUUGUGUUUAGUGAGUCCUCCAGAUCAGAGCCAAUAGGGAUGACCUGGGAUGUGAAUUGGACCAUUUCCUGUCCUGCUAAGCAUUCAAAAUGUAACAAGUACUUUUGCGUGUCAGGGAAAAUGUAUUGAAGUAAAAGUAAAGUAGUCAAAAAAUAGAAAUAUUAAAGUACAGAUACCUCCAAAAAACUACUUAAGUAGUACUUUAAAGUAUUUUUGCUUAAGUACUUUACACCGCUGGUGUUUACAGGCAGUUGGAACAGUGCAACUUUAGAUUGUUAACUAGAACGCAUUCGCCAAAAGCCACAAAAUACACCUGAAUGGAUUUCUGCAAAUAUGUAAACACCACGGGAGUCCUCUUACAUUUGGGAACUUUACAGUCCUAUUGAUCAAACAACCAUGAGAAGGUAGUCUCUCUCUCCCUCAGUUAUGCACAUCAACAACAACAGGCCUCAGUAUGCACAUCAACAACAACAAGAUCAACAACUAAUGCUAGCCAGAGCAAGACAAGCUCAAAUCUAACAAAGGAACAUUAGAUAAACCCUCUCAAACUUUUUCAGCUAGUUGGCUGUCAAAAUUACACUGAUAAACGAUGGGGAAGUGUAGCCUACUUGUCCUUCUGAUAAAACACCUUCUCUCUCUCCCGCCCCGUUCUCUCUCUCUUUCUCUCUAUCUCUCUCUCUUUCUCUCUCUCUGUAUUCUCUUCCAGGUCUCUCUACAUAAACCUAUUAGGACUGUGGGUCAUCAUGCUGUGUUCUGUGUUUGCGGGGCUGUGUCUGUACUCCGUCUACAAGCACUGUGACCCCUGGACAGCAGGCAUGGUGUCUGCUCCAGAUCAGGUUGAGGACACAAACCAGGAAAUAACACUUUAAUAAAAACCGCAGGUUGACGUUUAUUGGGAUGAGUCUUGUCCUGGAGGCAGAACUGAGCGAUUUCUGCUAGAUGGGCCAGGUUAGGAUUAGGUAUUAGGGUAAGCAGUGUGGUUAAUGUUAGGGUUAAGAUUUUAUGACAGAUUUUGUGGCUGCGCCAGCUAGUGGCCACUCUGUAGAGCUGCCACCAGAACAAGAUUCAUGACAAAAAACGCUAACCUGCAUAAAUACCAGGCACUGUCAAUAUUACUAUUCUGCCAGACUGCCACUUUACAGAUAUAUUUUCUAAAAUAUUUGUUUAAACUGAUAACAUUCACAGCCACUAAGUGUAACCACCUUAAACUGUUUUUUCCCCUCGUCGGCCACACAUCCAGAUUGUUCCCAGGAAAAAUAUCCAAAAUAACCCAAACCCAGUGGUACCACUCAGACAGACACUGACCAGCCCUCUUUCUCUGUACAGCUGAUGCCAUAUAUGGUGCUGGACAUCCUGAGAGACUACCCUGGAGUACCAGGAUUGUUUGUGGCAGCAGCCUACAGUGGGACGCUAAGGUUACCAUUCCCAUCUAAUACUUUAUCUUAAAUUUGAUCAUUGCUACUGUUUAUAAUGUUAGUAUGUUACAUUGUUAUAUGUCUACUAGAUUAAGUACCCUUUUGUUACUAUUUGUACUGUAUGCAAUAUCUCAAAGUUCAUAAUAUCACUACUAUGACUUAAUAUUUACUCUCUCAGCCUAUGGUGGGACACAAAGAUGACUAUUUCCAUAGCACUCACAAACACUGUAUACAGGUUUUAUUAAUGUUUAUAAUGUUAUUUUACAUCAUGUUAUAUUUCUAGGUAAAUAAUGGCACUAUAUUUGCUCUCUCUUGUCCACAGUACGGUAUCGUCCAGUGUCAAUGCUCUGGCUGCCGUGACUAUUGAAGAUCUGAUCAAGCCGUACACACACAUGUCAGAGAAACACCUGUCCUGGAGCUCUAAAGGCCUCAGUGAGUGUCUAAUAUCAAUAGGUGUCUUUGCAUUUACCACAGAGCUCAGAGAGUUUAAUGAUAUAUUCAUCUUCCUAUUGAUAUAUUCUUGCUGAUAUUAGAAAUGAAUAAACCAUGAUUUAUCAUGAUUUUAUCUGCUAUCCCUAUGAUCCAUUCUAGGCUUUCUGUAUGGGGCUCUCUGUAUUGGAAUGGCUGGCAUAGCCUCACUAAUGGGAGGUCUGCUGCAGGUAUACGAUACAACAAAAGGAGUAUGUACUUCUACAUAAAAUGUGUUCAGUCUUGAGGUACGCAACUCUAAAAUAUGUCUCUGUCUCCCCCUGUAGGCAGCUAUCAGUAUCUUUGGGAUCAUCGGAGGGCCUUUACUGGGUCUCUUCUCACUGGGGAUCCUCUGUCCAUACGCUAAUGCCACAGUCAGUGCAGUCUCUUUAACAAAAGCAGGAUUAUAAGCAUACAACCAAGCUAACUAUUAGCUAAUCUCUCUGAAAGUUGAUGUUGAAGUGUUGAUGUGUUCUAUCUGUGUGUUCUGUGCUGCAGGGGGGCUUGGCUGGUCUGCUCUCUGGGCUGGUUAUGUCUCUGUGGGUGGGGAUAGGGGCCCAGUUUUACCCUCCUCUACCAGAGCAGAGCAGGCCUCUAGGUCUGACCACACAUGGUUGUAACUUCACAACCGCAGCCGACGCGUUCAACUGGACCGCAUCCCCAACAGAACCAAGCCUAUACACUACGGUACUACAGCAAAAUACAGCAGAGAGGUAAGUUGUGGGCUUCAGUAUCUUUGGUUAAGGACAGGUCACACUUUUGCUGUAGGGAACAAGUAUGUUAGGAGCCUUGUCAUGUUAAAAUAGCGAACUGCUUCAGCUGUAAACAAUAUAUGCAACGUUAUAGCUGUUGGAUGCCACUAUGUUUGUCUCAUCUACAGACCCUUCCUGGCUGAUACCUGGUACUCCCUGUCCUAUCUCUACUUCAGUCCUAUUGGGACACUUACAACACUGGCUGUUGGACUUGUGGUCAGUCUACUUUCAGGUACUCUUUCCCAAAUGGUAGUGUUUCUUCUUGCCAUAUUUCAUGUCUAAUUAACAUAUUUAUUUUACACUAAAAUGUGUCUCUUUCCAGGGGGUAUGAAGCUGAAGUUGGAACCAAGGGUGACUUUGAUGAAAGAAGAUACAAUGUUAUUUUGCUUUUACAAGCACUUUAAAGAAAGGGUAAGUGAUAUGUGUGUUUUCAAUAAAUAACCUCCAAGACGUUCUCUCUUCCAACCACUUUCCUGUAUUAAUUUAGCUCUCAUCCAUACCUAGGCCAUGAGACGAGCAGGAAAGCUGGACCUCACAAAGAACAGAGAGAAGAAAUUUGGAAACAAUAACCCCGGCUUCGGCAACGUCCACGAGUUGGAUUUCACAAAGAGCAGUCUUCCAUAA